AUUAAUUUCCUCACGACUUCAACUUUCCUUCUUAGUAUUUUCCGACGGGAAAGUUGUUCAAAUCGCUGUUGAAUUUUGAUUUCUCGGAGACGAUCACAUUAUCGCUUCUGAGAUCAAAGACGAUGCAGCAAUUACUGUUCGCGGUUGUUCUCUUCGAGGUUGUUGUGAUAAUGGCGCUUUCCUUUAAGACGCCGAUGAGGAAGCUCUUGAUCAUGAGCUUGGAUCGUUCGAAGCGUGGUCGUGGACCGGUGGUGAUUCAGACGGUUUCGGCGACGGUUAUUGUGCUUCUGGUGACGAGCGUGUAUAAUAUGAUGGCGAUCCAGAAGCGUUGGAUCGAAGACGGUGUAGUGAACCCUACAGAUGAGGUUAUUAUGGCUAAGCAUCUCCUUGAAUCGACUCUCAUGGGUGGUUUUCUAUUCCUUGGGCUAAUGAUAGACAGGCUGCAUCAUUACAUGAGAGAACUACGCAUAAGAAGGAAGAACAUGGAAGUUAUAAAGAAGGAAGGAGCAUUAUUGGAAGGUGUAAAGGCCAGAGGCUUAGAUGAAGUUAAAAACUUGAUGGAAGAAAUUACGUCGCUUCGGAAAAGGCAAGAGCAGCUGGACUCUGAGCUUGAGGCAAGGUCUAAAGAGAUUCGUACAGAGAAAACCAGUGCAGUUGCUCUACAAAAGCAAUCUGAAGGAUUCCUUAUUGAGUUUAACCGGUUGCUUGAGGAAAACCAGGUUCUGCGAGACCAAUUGCACGCUGUGGAUUCGAAACUUUCGCGUUCAAGCAGCAAAAAGAAUACUUGAGAGACCUUAUUCCAACACUUUAAACUUCUUUGCGAUUCUACCGUCUGAAUAGAUUUGUUUCGAGUUUGAUAUCAGGAGCUUGUGGUUUGGUGUUAUCACAUCUUUAACAUGGAAGAUGAUUGGGAAAGAUCAGAGAAUACAAAACAAGUAUAGGU